UCAUUUGUUGCCAACACGACUUCGGAAACAUCGCAGCUUUCGGAGGAAGAUACGAAUUCAUUAAAUAUGAGCAUCAGCAGGUGUCGUGUGCAGCUGGGGAGUCUGCUCCUCCUCCUCCUCCUCUUCCUCCUGCCCUGCUCCCAGGUCUCCGCUCACACUCAGGUGAAUCCACUGCAGGACCAGCAACAUCAUCACCAGCAGCCGCCGGUUGAAGGAGGGGAUCACGCCGCUCAUCACGGCCGCCUGGACAAAAACAUGGUGCAGGACAAAGACCACAUCAUGGAGCACUUGGAGGGGGUGAUAGACAAGCCGGAGAAGGAAAUGACCCCCCAGGAGAUGCAGCUGCACUACUUCAAAAUGCACGAUUAUGAUGGAAACAACCUGCUGGACGGGCUGGAGUUGGCCACAGCGAUCUCGCAUGUACACAGGGAGGAAAAAGGAGAGAACAGCCAGCCGUUGAAGGAGGAGGACCUCAUCGCCCUGAUCGACGACGUUCUGAAGGACGACGACAAAAACAACGACGGCUACAUCGAUUACGCAGAGUUCGCCAAGUCGCUGGAGUAGAAGCCUGCAUGGAGGAGGAGGGUGACUGCUGAGCCAAACUGAGAGCAGGGACCACUUUGUUUUCCCCCCUGCGAUCAACCAAUCACAAAUCAUUUGUGACAGUUUGUUUUUGGAGCUUCUGAAGCUAAACUGAAUUCAUUUAAUGAGCAGCUAAAAAAAAAAAACAACUAAAGAUUCCUCUUCUUUUACUUUCUGGUGUUUAACAGCUGACAAAGGAACUCGGUGGAGUCCUUUAAUUUAAAUGAAAUCAUUUUAAAGGCUUGGUUCAAACGAAGCACAACCUUCUGCUCAUCGCGCUGAAGCAGCCAGCGUCACACUGAAGACAUGAGACUUUAAAAAAAAAAAAAAAAACAACCUAAACUGGCCUUUUAAUUUCUCCCGACGUCUCACACUGAAGUUAAACCGUGGGCGUCGCUGCUGCUCGCUGUCUGAAGCUCCUCGUGGACCAAACUGUCCCGUCUGCUGCUCUGAGACGAGCGAGGUGGAGGUGGAGGUGGAGGUGGAGGCGGAGGCGGAGGUCCGGCCCCCGUGAAAACAGAAGUGUCCUUAACUCGAGCAGCUCCGCUCCGGCUGAAUGUGUCCAGCAGCUUCUUCCCUUCCUCACAUCAGAACGGUGAUGACUGAACCACGAAACAAGCCGAUUAUCACCUUCAGCGACCGGCCUGCUCAUACUUGACCUUAAUAAGAAUGUCUUCAAGUCAGAUUUUCUUUCAUAUUUUACAUGAAUAAUGUCAGAGUUUCCAAAAAUGCUUAAAGUAAAUUGAUGUUAUGGUUAGUUGGACUUUGAAAGGUAGACACAAAUUUGUAUGACUUCCUUCUUCUGAAGUGUUUAUCAUCAAACUUUCAAGGAUUUUUUUUUCCCAUCCGUAACAGAUCCUGACAUCUGAGAAAAUACAGCAUAAUGUAAGCUCUGAGUAGUCACACUGAUCCACGUCUCAUUUUGAUAUAUUAGCAUUUCAGUCUCGCAUUGCAGCGCAACAAAGUGUGAAAACGAUGUUUCAGAGUGGUUAAAAUUACUUGAUUUAUAAAAAGAAAUAAGUUCAAAUUCAUGUGACCUGAAUGAACAAGUUUGUUUUCUAAAUUUCUAAUAAUUAGGCCAUAAAAAAGAGACAAAAUAAUAAUUUUCCCCCUUUAUUUCUACGCUUUCUGCAAAAAUCCUUAAAGGUAGAAUGAAGAAUAUUUUAGUUAAGGAGACUAUCACAUCCAACAUUAUGUGAUCUGAGUCAAGUCGUGACCUGCAGUACAUUUUUUCACCACAAGGUGGUGUUGUGAGUCCUAGAGUGACUCAACACUGCCCCCUAAUGUCCAGCAGCGGUAUGAGCCAAAUGUGACGUGUUGCCCGUUUAAAUACAAAUGCAUUAACAAUAGCUUUACUAUAUUUUUAUAUAUAAGCCAAUGUUGGAGGUAAAAGAUAAAGACUAAGAGGAGGCACAUACAGACUCUAUAAACCAGCAGUGACGUUGACAUGAUUCCUAACCUGUGUCUCCUUUGCCUCAUUAAAGCACUUGAACUCAGCGCGCUUUAGCGUCGUCGGAUGUAUUUGCUGCCUUUGUGGAUGGAGAAGAAAAAAAAACACAUCAGGUCAAGAUUGUUGAAUCCAUCUGUGAUGCUUUUUUCAUACAGAUGAUUUUUUUUUUUUUUUUUACAUUACUCGCCAUCCAGUGUUACUUGUUCAGUCUUGUCAGGUUGUGGAUGCAAAUAUUUAACAAGCAUAACGGAUGCGACAGUGUUGUCUCUGGAGUGUGCAAUAUUAAAGAGAAAUCUACUGUAAUCUA